CGCUGCUGAAGCAUCACUAGUUAGCGUUUAGCAAUUUUAUACGGUUGGCGAUUGCUGGGUAACUAACUUCUCACUUAAAUGAACAGUUCCAGACUUCAUACACACUCUGGUAACGAAAGUAAAACCCAGAAUGUGCUCCGUCGUUGGGUGUGAGUCAUGGCGUCGCAGAGCUCAACAUUUCAUUCUUCCAGCAGACCCAGAGAGGAGACUGGAGUGGGUCCAGUUUCUCUUCGAAGUCAAUGGUCAGAGACUUAAAGAAACCUCGUGGACUGACAUCCGUGUGUGCAGUGAACACUUCACACGUAACUGUUUCCUGACAGUGACGCGAGCUGCUGGUUCGACCCAGCUAAAAUCUGAUGCUGUACCAUCAGUGUGUUCGCCUGACGAACCGGAGUCCAGACAGGAUAUUAUUCAGCCCAAAUAUUCUGACCAACUUGAAUAUGACCAACUUAACAAAUGCCAUUAUCCAACUCCAGGAUCAACAUUAAACAAAGAGGAGAACUGCUAUUUAACGAGCGUCCCUGCAAGCCCAGCAUCAAGCGAGGCCUCUGAAUCUUCAUCAUCAGAUUAUUGUAAGAUGCUGGAAAAGAUAGAAAACCUUGACAUUAUCAAGGAAAAAGUUAGCAUGCUUCGGAUGAGUAAGAGGUACAUUGUAAAUGAAAAGCAGCUUCUCCAGCUGUUCAGUGCCACUUGCCCCGUGUGUCACUCUGAAGUAAAAACCGAGAAAGUGGUCUGUGGAGUCCUCUUAGUCCUGAACCAGCAGUGCCGGCAGUGUGGCUACAAGAACCAAUGGAAGAAUCUGACCCAGAACAGCAUUACUGCAGUGUCAGAGGAUCAUCAGACCAAAUGCAUGGAAAUAUUUUUAGAGGCAACAUCUACAAAGACAGUAGAGAUCACUGAGAAUGUCGAAGUUGUUGACCAGGAGAGCGAUCACACCACAGAGUCGGAGGAAUCCAGCGAUCCGGGUGAGGUCAAGGACUCAGAGGACAGCUGGGACCCGGACUCAGAGGACAGCUGGGACCCAGACGAUGAGCUUUCAGUUUUGGAAUCUGAGAACGAGAGCUCUGACGAAGACCACAUGCAUGGUAGUCUGAAAAACAGGGAACUCUGCGCAGAUUGUGGGAUGUUUUUUGUAAAGCGAAAGUCUCACACCUGUGAGUAUAAAAUUAAGCCCUUUUCUUGUAACACCUGCGGGAAGAGGUAUGCCACUGACCACGCCUUAACUCUUCACAACAGGGUGCACAGUGCAAACUAUGAGCAUCCUUGCAAAUAUUGCCAUGUUGGGUUUAAGACAAAAGUAGCCAAAAAGGCCCACGAGCAGACUCACUUAAAUGAAAGAAAUCCUUUUAAAUGUCCAGAAUGUCCGGAAACAUUUGCCACGUACAUGAAGCGCAAAAACCACAUGAGGACACACGUGAAGCCAGGGCCGCUGAAAUGUCCCGUUUGUGGGAUUGAAUUCUUUUGGGCUGUGGCUCUCCAGAGACACUCGAUGGUGCAUACAGGGGAAAAACCGUUCGAGUGCUCGGUGUGCCAGCGUGCCUUCAAACAGCCCAGCCAUCUGAAGUCCCACAUGCGCCUGCACACCGGGGAGAGGCCUUACAAGUGUAAACAAUGCGAUAAAUGCUUCAAUCACAACGUGAGCUUGAAGUGUCAUGUCCAGCGUUGCCACCAACAGAAAACGACAAACCCCAAGGGAUGCGCUGGUGGUGACCCCGAAGUAGAAGAAGCACAGCUUGCAGAAAAAGAGGUCAAAACUCAGAGAAGGAUGAGGAGAACCCUCACAGGUAGACCAGUUGGGCGACCGAAGAAGAACCCCAGAGAAACAAUGUCAGAAGAAAAAAAAACGUCUGGUCUUGCUGCAAAACCCAAGACAGCCAAAGUAAGAAAGCGAAAACCAAAGAAAAAGCCGUUUAGCUGUGAAAAAAAGGAGGAGGAACUGAGCGAGAGUGAGGAAUCCUUGGACUUAAUGGAAGAAGAGGAGCAGUAGCAGCAUCAAAAUACGAGGUCAGACUCGUAAGACGAAAACUCAAAGAGUUUGAUUUGACAGAAAUGGCAUCUGUACGAGUUCAAGAAACCCCAGAAAAAAAUGUUGAGGAAGCUCAAAUUAUGACUCAGUUUGGGCCAAAUUCUCAUUUUGUCGAUGUGAAGUUGGUAAUCUUUGGUAACAAAAGGUAAUUCUCAGGUCAUUUAACAUGGUCUGCGACAGACUGGUUACCUGUCCAGGGUGUACCCUGCCUUUCGCCCGGAACGUUAGCUGGAGAUUGGUACCAGUACCUCCUGACCUCACUAGGGACAAGGGUGUAAGGAAAUGGAUGGAUGGAUUUUGCAUGGUAUAAAUCAUUUUUUAGAGUUUUUUUUAAAGCAGAAUAAAAAGAGUGUUGUUUUUCCUUUAAAAAAACAAAUCCCACAUACAGUAGUUAAAUCUUUUGAGAUGUGUCUGCUUGUUUUAAUUGAAAGCGAGAGAGAUCAUGUUCUCGGCUGACCUUGAAUUGUGUCUUUCUGGUUAUUUAACUCUUGUACAAAUGUUUAUUUGGAAGAAACAAAACAUUUAGUACAAUUAAAGUCAAUGCACUGUUUCAGCUGGUUGGUGGUUCUCUGUAUCAGCUUUGACUAAAUUGAAUUAAAGUUUACAUUUCUCUCAUAUUUUAGCUUGAUGUAAACAUGGUUGAUGACUUUGAAACAAGAACAGUUUUCAGCAUAAAGUUGCUCAGUCCAGCAGUCAUUUCAGUGGCAGAAGUGGUUCAUUUACAGACAUGAAACUGAAGCAGGAAGAGAUGAAAAGGCAACAUGUUGACAAAUUAUUUUAAGUUUGUUUCUUGUCUAUUUAGGUAAAAUUCUGAGACAUCUACUAUGCAUUGGACUGUAAAAAUUGCACAAUUUUUUUUACAGUACACAAAA